AUGGCAGAAACCCUACACAUUCCCGACGCCGACGCCGCCUGGCUCGCGCCGCAUCUACCUUCCGGGUCUGGUUCUGCUGUCCAGUCAGUCAAAACUCAGAAUCGCCCUUUUGUUACCCUUACCUUUGCAACCUCAUUGGACUCAUCCCUCUCUCUCGCUCCCGGCGUGCGAACACGCCUCUCGGGUCCCGAGUCCAAGGCGAUGACCCACCAUCUGCGUCGUCACCAUGCCGCUAUACUCGUUGGUGUUGGGACAGUCAUCGCCGACGAUCCGGGCCUGAACUGUCGUAUGGAUGGUGCAGAUCUUGAUGCCCAGCCGAGGCCCGUUGUUCUAGACCCUCGCGGCCGUUGGAACUUCACAGAGCACAGCAAAGUGUUCGAAUUUGCCCGCGCAGGCAAGGGACUGGCGCCGUACAUACUCGUCGGGGAACCGGGUAUCAACCCCGAGAGGCAAGCCAUCUUGGAGGCCCAUGGCGGAAAAUUCAUUCUCCUCAGAUCUCGAGAAACCGAGCCAAGAUUCGACUGGCCAUCUAUCCUGGCUGCCCUCCAUGCCGAGAACUUGCACAGCGUAAUGAUCGAGGGCGGGGCACAAGUCAUCAAUUCCCUCCUCCAUCCUGACUACCAGCAACUUGUAGACACCGUCAUUGUGACUGUGGCACCUACUUGGCUCGGCCGUGGCGGCGUCGUCGUGUCCCCCGACCGAGUUCAGCGUUCCGAUGGAACUCCAGUGCCCGCCGCUCGACUCAACGGCGUGGCGUGGCAUCAGUUCGGGGAAGACAUGCCUCAAAGACCGGCCGCCCUGCACAGUCCUGGAGCCGUGAGCAAGCUUCUGGGACUGGGGAGGGAAUUGAGCUUCGUAGUCACCAUGGAGCAGGCCGCCGAAGCAAACCCCGCCUGA